AUGAGGUACUGCAAGAUGUUUCGCAAAGCUUCGAGUGCACAGUUUAAGGCAGAGCAGUUGCAGCCCGCGUCUGGGUUGCACUCCGAGGUUGUUAAACAUCGCCUGAACCAGAUUGACCAAAUUAGGGCCGAGGGUGUUGGAAACUGCAUCAGUUUGCCUCAGCUUGUGGUUUCCGGUGACCAAUCCUCAGGCAAAAGCUCUGUUUUAACAGCUGUGACCGGAUUUUCAUUUCCACGCCGGGAAGGCACCUGUACGAGAUUUGCAACAGAAAUUAUCCUCCGUCAUAGCAAAGAAACGGAAACCAUCAUAACGGCGUCAAUCAUCCCCAGUUUAUCAAGGCACGACGGCUCUGAAGAAGCCCUCAAGCGGUUCAAGAAGGUCUUAAAGUCGACCGAAGAGUUGCCGUCUGUCAUUCACGAAGCCUCAGUGGCAAUGGGUAUUAGGGGCUACUCUGACUCAGAUGACUCGCCAGCCUUCACAGCUGACGUUCUGCGUAUCGAAGUCGUCGGUGAUACUGGCCUAUGUCUAACGAUUGUGGAUCUACCCGGCUUAAUAUCCGUCUCCGAUUACGACGAAGGAGAAGCCGAUGUUCAGCUCGUCAAUACACUUAUCGACAGUUACCUUGCAAACACUAGAUCUAUUAUACUUGCAGUCGUCCAAGCAAGCAAUGAUAUUCAGAACCAGAAUAUCAUUCAGAGAGCCCGAAGAUUUGAUAAACUGGGAGAGAGAACCGUUGGCAUCAUAACAAAGCCCGACCUUGUUAAUAAAGGGACGGAAUCUCACAUCGUUCGACUCGCCAAUAAUCUCGAUAUAGUCAGGCUCAAGCUCGGCUUUUUCCUCAUGAAAAACCCGUCGCCUGAGCAGCUUAAAAAUAAUAUCUCCAUGUUUGAAUGGAAGCAAAAAGAAUUAGAGUUCUUCAACUCGCCACCUUGGAAAGACUUGAUGCUUGACCAUAAUCGAGUCGGCGCGGAAUGUUUGAGGAGCUUCCUCGAGAAAAUCUUGGAGGAGCAUAUAGAAAGAGAACUACCAAAAGUCUGUGAUGAAAUACAGACCCUAUUGCAGCAAACGAGAGAUUCUCUCUCAGAUCUGGGUGAUGAAAGAUCAUCUGUUUCAGAACAGAGAAAGUAUCUCCUGAAGAUCAGCAUGGACUACUUGAACCUCAUCCAGGCAGCGUUGAAUGGCAGGUACCAAGAAGUCGAGCCUACCUUCUUCGGUAAUGCGUCGUCUAAGCCUUCUUUUAAUCGACUUCGCGCUCGCAUUCACGAGCUAAACACCAACUUCGCCACUUAUAUUCGAGACAAAGGUCAGAAAAGAAAGGUUGCAGGAGACAGGGAACCAGGUAUGGAGGAUUUUAGCGCAGACCAAACCUCCAUCUCCUGUCGAGACGCCUUUCCAGAGCCUCUGCGCAUAUCCGAGCAGAAGUUUAAGAUUUGGGUGAGCCAGAUUCAUAAAAACACUCGAGGUUUAGAGUUACCGGGCAACCAUAACCACGUCUUCUUAUCUGAGCUGUUUCAUGAGCAAUCUAGCCGGUGGCCGGCUAUCGCCUCUCAGCAUGUUCGCCGGGUCAAUCAGGAAACAGCAGACUUUGCUCACCGGGCGCUUGAUUUCAUCGUCAAAGACCGUCAGGUGGCCAAGGAGAUUCUUAACAUAAUCAAUCCAAUACUAGAUAUAAAUUUCCGAGCGGCCCAAGAAGAACUGCAGAAAAUUUGCGACGAUGAAAAGCUUCAGCCCAUAACAUAUAAUCAUUAUUACACCGAUACAAUCCAGAAAGCUCGAUAUGCUAAGCUCAGAGACUUUCUCCGGCAAGUCUUGGGCCGCAUGCGGUCCAGUGAAGAUAAACACCACAAAGGCGAAUCUUACGCAGAUUAUGCGAAGCUAUUGGCAUCCAUUGACAAUCAACCUAUACCUGACAUGGAUCAAGUAUCCUGUGAGAAAGCUAUGGAGGAAUUAGACGCUUAUUAUAAGGUUUCAAUGAAGACAUUUGUUGAUAAUAUCUGUCGCCAGGUUCUUGAGAGACAUAUCCUCAGGCCACUUCAGUCGACAUUUUAUCCGACCGAGGUCGGUGCAUUUUCCGAUAGAGACAUCAGGAGAAUUGCGUCCGAAUCUAGCAAAAUAGCGCAGAAGCGACAAGAGCUCAAAAAUCGGGCUGAGGCACUGGAACGAAGCCUGGUGCUUCUGUCCGAGAGCACCGAUGCCUUAUUUGAUAUGGAGUAG